AUGCUCGCUUUGCUCUCCGCUUUUGGCAAGCCUUGUCUGGGCGCAUCUGCGUUUGCCCAACCUAUGCCGUGUGUGGGUCACAAGGAGGUGAAACUCCGAUGUCACGCGCGAGAGCGCGCACCCACCCUUCCACCUUCCCCACCCCAUGCGCAGCAUUUACCUUCUCUGUCCCCCUCCGUUCCAGGGUCUCCACACCCCCCACUCACCUCCCCUUCCACAUACCUAGCUCAACUCUCGCCAACUCACCGGCCUUCUCCCCCGCUUGACGGCUCGUCCCAUUCCCGCCCUCCUCCCCGGCGUCUCAUCCCCCCCUCCAGUUCCCCCUCCCCUCCCACCCAAACCCCCCUCCCCUCCCCCCCCCACACAAAUCUCCCCACCCCACUCUCCACCCCCCCACUCCCACCCCCCCGCCCCUCCCCCUCCCGUGCCCCACCCCUCAUCCCCCCCCCCGCUCCCCUCCCCUCGCCCCCGUACGCCCUCCACCCCCCAGCCUAUCUCCCCCCCUUUCCCCCCUCCACCAUCAUCAACCGACCCCCCCCCCCCCCCUCAUUCCCCCACACCUCCCACCUGCGACCACCCUACACCUCCCCCCGCCCCCCCCGACUCCUCUCCCGCCCUUAUCAACUCAGCCGCUCCCCACAAUCCUCUACAGACCCCCCCCUCACAGCACCCCAACCCUUCCCCGUCCCCCCCCCCCCCCCCCCCCCCUCCUCCUCACUUUUCCAGCCCUCCAUCCCUCCAACCCCCCCCCCCCCUACACCACCCCAGCAUCGCCUCCCGCCCCACGCCCCUCUCUCACCCUCUCCUACUUCCCCCCCCCCCUACCCAUCACUACGAACAUCCCUACUUCCCCCUCCCCCACACCCCCCCACCCUCCUAUCCCACCCAACCAGCCAUCGCUGCGCUUACCCACUCCCUGUGUCCGGCUCCAUUGCUACCCCCCCCCUGUACCCUCCCUUCCGACCCAAUCGUACCACAUGCCUCCCACACGCCUUUCUCGUUCCCCCUCUAUGUCCGACCCUGUCUCUCCAAACUCCUCGCCCCUCGCCGAUCCUCCUCUCUCCACAUCCGCACCUCCCCCCCUCACCUCGAUACUCCCUAACACACCCCCAACCCCUCCCCUCCACCACCCCCCCACCCUCUUUCUCCACCAACCGACCACCACAAUCCAUUCAUCUCUCCCCCCACCGCCUACUACCCCCCGCCUACCCACCACACUUCCCAUCCCCCUCCCUUUAUCCCCCCACCCACCCCCCUCCACACCCCACCCCCAACAUUCACUUCCACCACAUCCCCAACCCCCACCCUGGUCCCGCACCCCCCCAACCUCUCCCGACCCCCCCCCAACCCACCCCCGCACUCCCAGACCCAUACCUCUCCCCCACCCCCUCCCCCCCCCUCCUCCCAUUCCCCACAUAUUCACCCCCUCCUAGCUCAUCCGCCCCGCCCCUCCCCCACCCCUACCCAGUAACCUUCGCCUUCCCCCCACCUCGCCUCUCCACCCCCGCUCUCACGUCCCACCCCCUCUCAACCCCACACCACUCCCUCCCCAUGCCGCUUCCCCCCCUCUCCACCCAGCCCGCUACUUCCUCCCCCCCCCCAACCCCCUCUAAACCUCCCUUCCGCCUUUCCUCACACCCCCAAAUCCAUCCACACACGCCCUCCUCCUAUCACCCCGUCCCUCCACCCCCCUUACUAUCACCACAGAUCCCCACCAACUCCACCACUAGUCCCCACGCCUCUGUCGUCACCCGCACCUCCCAUCCAUCCCUAUCAACCCUACCGCCCCCACCUGCACCCGCCCUCCCCCCCCACCACCCCCCCCUACACCCAUCGGCACCGCUCCCCCUUCUCUCCCUCGCACUCUCCACCCCAACACACCCUUUGUCCACCGCCCCCCCCUCCCCGCAUCCCCUCCCCACCACACCCUCACAGCCCCUCUCGCUCCGCCCCCACACCCCACAUCACCUCCUCCCAACCCUCCCCAUUCCCCGCCCCGCGACCACUACUCCCACUUCUCACCUCCCCUACCCCCACUCCCACCACCUACCCAAUCACCGAACCCACAUCCCAUCCCCCCCCCUCAGCCCCCCACCACUACCCCCUCCCACCUCCCUCACAACCCACGACCCAACUCCACCCACACCCCGCUCCCACCCACCGCCUUACCCCCACCCCUCGCCUGCAUCUCCCUCCACCUCCCACCUCGACAUGUUAUCUCGGAGUCCCCAGCCUUCACCCCCUCCCCACACACACCCCAGCGCCAUUCCUCCCUUCAUUCCUCGCCUUACCCUUAACAUUCCAACACCAAUUCCCACCCCUCCUCGAUCCCCGUACCCCACUCCCAUCUCCCCCCUUCCGCUCCCUACCAUCCGCCCCCCACACCUCCACCCGGCCCCAUCCCUCCGCCCCCCCACCGACCCCAUUCCCCCCCCCCUGACCUACAUACCCCACCACCCACCACCCACCCCUCACCCUCACCCCGACCCGCACGUCUCCCUCACCCCGCGGCGCCCAUACCCCCCUCCCCCCGCCAACACCAUCCUGCUGCAGCCUCAUCUUUGCAAGUUUGAUAGCGGAUGUAUACCUGUGGAUCCGAUAAUGGAAGCCUCUUCUCGCCUUACUUGCCACUUAUCAACCUAA